AUGGAAGAAAGAUCACCAUCAUACAGUGCUAUGCGCCAACCAACGAAGGAAGAAGAGAAGGAAGACUUCUACAGUUGCUUGCAGUCACUUUUAGACAAGACCCCGCGCUUAGACAUGAAAAUCGUAAUUGGCGACCUGAACGCAAAGGUGGGUGACGACAACACAGACAGAGAACACAUCAUGGGCAGGCAUGGGGUAGGUACCUGUUAUGAAAACGGUGAGUUGUUUACAGACUUUUGUGCAUUCAACGAUUUAGUCAUAGGUGGCAACAUCUACCCACACAGAAGGAUCCACAAGACCACAUGGACUGCACCAGAUGGGAAGACGGAAAACAAAAUUGAUCCCUUCACCAUCGACCGCAAAUGGAGACUAAGUGUGCUGGACGUAAGUGCGAAGCGCGGAGCCGACGCAGCCACCGACCAUCAGUUGCUCGAGGCAACGCUGAAGACCAAGUUGAGAUCCUUCUGUGACUCCUCAGGAAGGCCACACCAUAAGUUCAACAUCCAGUUUCUGAAAGACAAUAAGAAAGCAGAGGAGUUCACCUGUGAAGUCAGUAACAGGUUUGAAGCGCUGACAGAGUUGACCGAAGAGACGGUAGAGAACCACUGGAUAGAGUUACAGAAAACCUGGAAGAAUGCCUGCACCAAAGUUCUUGGGAGGAGAAAAAUAGAACAGAAUGAAUGGAUGACGAGUGGAUCAUGGGAGAAGAUAAAGAAGAGGAGGGAACUGAAGCAGAAAAUCAAUAGGAGCUGCGACCAACAGCAGAGGACAGACCUCAGAGCACAGUAUUUGGAGGUGAACCGGGAGGUAAAGAAGACAUCGAAGCAAAACAAUAAGAAGAGAGUGUACGAGAUCACACGGGCCUUGUCAGGGAAGAGCUUCAACCCAAGUAAACCGGUGAAAGACAAGAAUGGCAGAGUCAUCACAAGUGACGAGGCACAGAAAAGACGGUGGGUGGAACAUUUCCGGGAAAUCCUUAACCGUCCACCACCAGAAGCAGUGCCCGUAAUACCACCAGCGGAAGAGCCCCUCAACAUCAACACCAAUCCACCAACCAAAGCUGAGAUCAUCAAAGCCAUCAAGAUGCUGAAACAUGGCAAGGCAGCAGGUCCUGACGGCUUCACUCCGGAAGCUCUCAAGACAAAUGCAACAGCAGCAGAGAUUCUACACCCUCUCUUAGUGAAGAUAUGGGAGCAGAAACAAGUGCCGGCCGACUGGAAGUUUGGGCACUUGGUAAAACUUCCCAAGAAAGAUGACAUCUCCCAGUGCAACAACUGGCGAGGUAUCAUGUUGUUGUCCAUCCCCAGCAAGGUGCUUACCAGGAUCAUCCUAGAGAGAUUGAAAGUGGCAAUAGAUAUGAGGCUUAGAGCAGAGCAUGCAGGGUUUAGGCAAGAUCGAUCAUACGACAUCAGCCUCCUGCCCCACAAACAGCAGCACGCACAGUCGAAGCUAACCCGACAAGCGGAGGAGGCAGAAAAGACCGGCCUGAAAAUCAACAUCAAGAAGACAGAGGUGAUGCGCAUGAACAACCGACAACAACAGCCACUACAGCUGCAAGGAGAAGACCUAGUGGAAACCGACCACUUUGUCUAG